CCCAGGUGCGCUCACCGAGGGAGGGACUUUCCGGUCCCGUGGGCAGAAGGACAACCAGGAACUCGAGCUCAGUCUCCACCCCGAAGUGGGGCGGAUCCGCCCGGGAUAAGACGCGCAACAGGACCCCGACAGCGUGUGACCUCCGCGGCCGCAGAGGAAGAGCGCAACCCGGUCUGGUCGCUGAGCGGGAAGGAACUCCUGCUGGGUGAUUGAACUCUGAUCUUGACAUAGAAACAUGGCCAUGGCAUGGAAUUGGAUGCCUUUGAAGUUUGUGAAGUUUAGCACUGAGUUGGAAGCUGAGCCCGUUAGCUGCAACCCGUCUCUGCCUAAGGCUGGCCAUCUGUGCUCCUCCUACCCAAAGAAGUUCUGAACAGGCGGGCAACUUGGAUCCCUGGUCUUCUGAGAGGGAAUAAUAGAAGUAGAAGCUUAUACCUGGGAAGGAACUGGAGAUCCCACCAGCUCUAGAUGCUUUCCUUUAGGAAAAUAGGCAACCAAAGGAGGUACCGUCAAAGCUGCUUCAGGAUUCAAUGCUACCGAGGAUGCCCAGACUCUGAGGAAGGCCAUGAAAGGACUUGGCACUGAUGAAGAUGCCAUCAUCAAAGUGCUGGCCUACCGCAACACUGCCCAGCGCCAGGAGAUCAGGAUGGCCUACAAGACAACCAUCGGCAGGGAGCUGUUAGAUGACUUGAAGUCUGAACUGAGUGGCAACUUUGAGCAGGUGAUCAUAGGGAUGAUGACACCCACCGUGCUGUACGAUGUGCAGGAGCUGCACAGGGCCAUGAAGGGAGCUGGCACAGAUGAGGGCUGCUUGAUUGAGAUCCUGGCCUCCCGAACCCCUGAGGAGAUCUGGCGCAUCAAACAGGUCUACCAGCAGCAAUAUGGACGGAGCCUUGAAGAUGACAUUUGCUCUGACACUUCGUUCAUGUUCCAGAGAGUGCUGGUGUCUCUGUCAGCUGGUGGCAGGGAUCCAGGAAAUUACCUGGACGACGGUCUCAUGAGACAGGAUGCCCAGGACCUGUAUGAGGCUGGAGAGAAGAGAUGGGGAACAGACGAAGUGAAAUUCCUAACUGUCCUCUGUUCCCGGAAUCGAAAUCAUCUGUUGCAUGUGUUUGAUGAAUACAAAAGGAUAUCACAGAAGGAUAUUGAACAGAGUAUCCAAUCUGAAACAUCUGGUAGCUUUGAAGAUGCUCUGCUGGCUAUAGUAAAAUGCAUGAGGAACAAAUCUGCAUUUUUUGCUGAAAGGCUUUAUAAAUCUAUGAAGGGCUUGGGUACCAAUGACAACACCCUCAUCAGAGUGAUGGUUUCCCGAGCAGAGAUUGACAUGCUGGACAUCCGAGAAAACUUCAAGAGGCUCUAUGGAAAGUCUCUGUACUCUUUCAUCAAGGGUGACACAUCUGGAGACUAUAGGAAGGUACUGCUCAUUCUCUGUGGAGGAGAUGAUUAAAAUAAAAUCCCAGAAGAAUAGGAGGAUUCUCAACACUGAAUAUUUUUUAACUUCAUUUUUCUACACUGCUAUUAGCAUUAUCUCAGAAUGCUUAUUUCCAAUUAAAACGCCCACGGUUGCCUCAUAGAGUUAGACUAUAUUAUUAUCAUCCAAAAUUAGUCAUUCUGAUGCCUUAAAGCUGUACUUGCAUUUCAAAGCUUAUAAGACCUAAAUGGAGAUUUAAAAUUAGAAAUUAAAAUGUACUUCUUGUUUUUAACAAGUUAUUUCCCCAUUUGUGUCAUGGAAAUUGAAUAUAUUAAAUGUCUUCAUAUUUCUUUUCAGUAAAUUACAUUUUUAAAUGGAAGAUUAGAAGACUGUUAUAAAACAAUUUUUUCCCUAAUCCUACCUGUAGAGUGGCUGAUAAUUUCUUUAUUCAAAGUUGUGAACAUUCAGUUAGUAAGAAUAGCCAUUCAGUCCUUGCUUCAGCAACACAUAUAUUAAAAAAAGAAUAGCCAUCCAGUUUUCUAUUUUAUAUUGUCAUAGAUGGAAAACAUCCACAAAUCUCAUUUUGGUUGUGUCUAUGGUGUUAGCUGAUCUUUAAGUUUGGUAUAGAAGACUGCGUUUAUCUUGUCAUACACUGAGAUCACUUUCUUUUGGUUGAAGUGUACCAAAAUCAACUCAUCUACAUUUUAAGUUUGGUUAAGCAGAUAUGUGUCUGGUUAUCAAACAUGAAUGCCGAACAUUCCGGGAUAUUAUGGUUAAUAUCUUAAUCUAGCUUAAAAGUGAAUGGGAAAAAAUAAGCUUCAAAUGAGGUAAUUCUGGUAAUAGUAUAAUGCUCUGAAUUUUGCUUGACUUAAAACAUUUUGGCUAAAAUUUUUUAAAUCUUUUUGAUUUUGUUGAUUUGUAGUAAUUUACAUAUAUACUGUGCCUUUUCAACUUUACUAUCAUUCUGAAAGCGUACUUGGAUUUAAUUAAAAAGUUCAGGUUGUAUACAACAUGGAAAAAUAAUUUUAAUAAAAAAUGAUGGCUUUAAAGUGAA